AUGCGGACAUUGAAGCGCAAGUCAACGUGGGCGAUUCGAUUGAUACUGGCCAACGGAGCGGCUGCAAAUGGCAUUGUCAGUGACCAUCCGAUGAGGCCAUUAGAUGUGGCUGCAUCGGCCGGGAGUAAUGAAAUUGUGGAGCUCCUCCUAGAGAACAAGGCGGUCAUCGGAAGAGUGGGUAAUGGUAAAAGAUCAGCAUUGUCUUGGGCUGCCUCCAGGAAUCAACUAGAUACUGUUCGUCUCCUUUUGUCUCGCGGAGCCGAUAUCGACCCUAUCGAGCCAGGAGGAUCGACGCCACUGCUGUCUGCUGUCAUGGAGGAGCAAAUUGAGAUGGUUGUGUUGUUGAAAGCCGGAGCGAAGGUGGACGUUCAAGACGAUGAAGCCCGCACACCCUGA